CGCAUGUUAGUGUGGAAACGGUCGAUUACGUUCACGCGUAUAUCAAUGCCUAGUGAACGGGUCGUACUUGAUUUUUAGUACAACUGCACCGUCACUAGACACAUCUUGUUCUCAGCUCCGCAGGUAUCGAGCUUAUUGCUUUGACAUUACUAUGGACGAGCACGGCAUUAAGGUUGAUAUCCCUUCUGCUGUUUCGACGGGCUCCAAUUCACCUCCGAGCGCUGAGAGUAUCCCUGGGCCAAUCACGCCAGAAGACGUUCCUGUGAACAAACUCGUCAAUACUGCCAAGAGUAUCAAUCUCGAAGAUGAUGCUACUACACAUGCCUCGGACUUCAAGCUCGGGAGUAUGUCCAUUGACGAGGACAGACCGUUCAGGGUCGUCGUUAUAGGUGCGGGGUUUAGUGGGAUAAUUGCUGGGAUUAGAUUUCCUCAACGAAUGAACAACCUGGACCUUACCAUCUACGAAAAGAAUGCUGGAAUAGGCGGGACUUGGUAUGAAAAUAGGUAUCCGGGUGCUGCCUGCGACUAUCCUUCCCAUUGUUAUCAAUUAUCAUUUGAGGAAAAGACAGACUGGUCCGCAUUCUACUCACCAGGGCCCGAAAUUCGAGCAGAUAUGGAGCGCGUCGUCGAAAAAUAUAAGCUCAUGCGAUACAUUAAGCUACAGCACGAACUUAUACACGCACAAUAUGACGAACAGAAUGGCAAAUGGCAUUUGAAGCUGCGUCGCCCUGCAUCAAUCGACGAAGAGUUCGAGGUUGUGGAUGACGUGGCAGACCUUGUUCUUCUAUGCGUCGGUUCGCUCAGUAGGUUGAAGUUGCCAAAUAUCGACGGCAUUAAAAGCUUCAAGGGAAAAAUCAUGCAUUCCGCGAACUGGGAUCGAAAUUACAGCUCGUGGCAAGAAAGCGUUGCCGACUGGAAAGACAAGCGUGUUGGAGUUAUUGGCUCUGGGUCGACCGCUAUUCAGACUGUUGCUGCGUUGCAACCACACGUAGGGCAGCUUUACAACUACGUACGCGAAAAACUGUGGCUCUCGCCGUCGUUCCUAAGCGACAAAGUCCUUGAACUAUUAGGUCGAGACUCAACAUCGAGCAACUAUGUCUUUACGGACGAAGAUAAGGAGCGGCUCAAGGACCCAGAGUUCUUUAGACGCUUCCGAUAUGAACUCGAGGUCGGAUUGAACUCUAUGCAUUAUCUGACUAUCAGGGGAUCAAAAAUGCAAGAGGAAUCCCGCAAGGCAUUCAAAGAGCACGUUAUGUCAAGACUACACAAGAAACCUUGGAUCGCGGACCACUUGUCACCUGACUUUUCAAUUGGAUGCAGACGGUUAACUCCUGGACCUGGAUAUCUUGAAGCUUUACAGGAAGAUAAUGUCGACUUUGUCACAACACCGAUUAGUAGGAUAACUGAGAGGGGUAUUGAUCUCGCCGACGGAACAAGCCAUGACUUAGACGUGAUCGUUUGUGCGACUGGAUUUGACACAUCUUACCUUUAUCCAUUUGAAGUUAUCGGGAGAGGAGGAAAGACACUUCGCGAGCGGUAUACUCCACACCCUGAAACAUACCUUUCGCUAUGCACGGAUGGUUUCCCAAACUGGUUUAUGACGUUCGGUCCAAACUCUGUCGUUGGCGCCGGAUCAUUCCUCCCGAUGUUGGAAACUCAAGUCGAAUACGCCAUUAAGGUUGCAAAGAAGCUACAAAGAGAACAUCUCAAGUGCAUUGAGCCGAAACCGGAGGCGAUUGCGGAGUUUGACGAGUAUCUCGAAGCAUACCUCAAGACCACCGUUUUCUCUGAGAAUUGUCGUUCGUGGUACAAGAUGGGUACAAGAGACGGUCGGAUAACGGGUGCUUGGCCUGGCUCUUCCUUGCAUCAUAUCAAGACAAUCACGGAACCACGAUGGGAGGAUUAUAACUACGAGCAACUUGGUGAAUCGAAGAACCGCUUUUACUGUCUCGGCGACGGAUCAACGCACAACGAGAAAUACAUGGUCGGCGAUCGUGCUUGGUAUCUCCGUCCAGAGGAAGUCGAUAUACCUCCUGCCCAUACCUUCAAGAUUAUUUCUUCUGUGGAGAAGCAAGAUAUGAUGAUCAACGGUACUUCAUCUUAUCCAAAGCCAGCUGUUAACUACGAAAGCACUGAUGGAUCAGGCAAUGCAAAAGAGACUAAGACGCCGAAGGCCGACUUUAAGCUCGGAAAUAGGAGCAUGGAUGAAGAUAGACCUUUCAAAGUCGUUGUGAUAGGAACAGGAUACGCUGGUAUAAUUGCGGGGAUUAGGUUCCCCCAGAGAAUGUCAAACUUGGACUUGACGAUAUACGACAGAAAUGCAGGAAUUGGAGGAACUUGGUACACGAAUAAAUAUCCAGGGGUCGCCUGUGAUUAUCCCUCGCAUUGCUAUCAACUACCCUUCGAAGAAAAGACAGAUUGGUCGGCCUUUUAUUCACCUGGAUCAGAAAUCCUCGGGGAUUUAAAGCGUAUAGUCGAAAAGUAUGAUCUUAUGCGAUACAUCAAGCUGCAGCACGAACUUAUACAAGCAAAAUACGACGAGCAAACGGGUAAAUGGCACUUAAAGCUACGACGCCCCGUCCUGGAGUCUGGAGAAUAUGAAGUUGUAGAUGACACGGCCGAUCUUGUUCUCUUAGGCGUUGGCUCGUUGAGCCGCUGGACCUGGCCCGAUAUCGAUGGUCUGAGGUGCUUUAAAGGAAAGCUUAUGCAUUCGGCCGAAUGGGAUUCGAAAAAAGGAGCUUCAUGGGAAGAAAGCGUGUCUAACUGGAAGAACAAGAAAGUUGGGGUAAUAGGCGGCGGAUCAGCCGCAAUACAGAUAGUUCCAGCGCUUCAGCCUCACGUCGGUCAACUGUUCAACUUUGUUAGAGGGCCUGUAUGGCUCUCACCUUCAUUCCUCAUCGAAAAGACCGUCGAGCUCUUGGACCACGACUCAGCAGAUAGUAACUACAUUUUCUCGGAUGUAGACAAAGAAAAGAUGAAAGAUCCAGUGUUUUACAAACACUUUCGACAUGAACUAGAAGCUGGAUUAAAUUCAAUGCACUACCUGACUAUUAAAGGAUCCGAAUAUCAGGAGAAUGCUCGACGGGCAUUCAGUCAGCAUAUGAUGUCGAGAUUGCAGAAGAAACCGUGGAUCGCAGAAUAUUUGAAACCAGAUUUUGCAGUAGCGUGUAGACGUCUAGUUCCAGGACCAGGAUAUCUAGAGGCCGUGCAAGAGGAUAAUGUGGAGUUCGUUCCAACGAAAAUAUCUAGAAUAACAGAGACCGGUGUGGACUUAGAGGACAGGGCGCACCUAGACUUGGACGUUAUCGUCUGUGCCACAGGAUACGAUUUAACCUACCUAUAUCCAUUUGAGGUAAUCGGAAGAGGGGGAAAGACACUCCGCGAGCACUUCACGCCUCAUCCUGAGACAUACCUGUCGAUCUGCACUAACGGAUUUCCAAACUGGUUUUCGACUUUCGGUCCGAAUUCCGUGUUUGGAGCGGGCUCCUUCCUCCCUGUCCUAGAAGCACAGGUCGAAUACAUUAUCAAAGCAGCGAAGAAGUUGCAAAGGGAGCAUUUGAAGAGUAUAGAGCCGAAAGCGGAGGCCGUCGCCGAUUUUGAUGAGUACCUUGAAGCAUAUUUUAAGACUACUGUCUUCAAUGAACAUUGCCGGUCGUGGUAUAAGAUGGGAAAGGCAGAAGGUAGAAUUACGGGCCUCUGGCCAGGCUCGAGUUUGCACGAGUUCAAGACCUAUCAGGAUCCUCGCUGGGAAGACUUCAAUUACGAACAACACAGUGAAUCGAAGAAUCGUUUUUACUGGCUAGGAGAUGGUUCGACUUACAAUGAGAAACACAUGACCGGAGAUCGAGCAUGGUACCUUAAUCCAGAUGUGGUAGACAUUCCACCAGGUUCGUACUCACACUGA